AUGAAUCGUAUUCGGGGCUGUCUGAAAGGGCUGAAACAGCACGUGGUGCCCGUUAGGUUCCACUGUUUGCUAGGAACACGUCUUGGCGACGAUUGGCUCCUUUCGAGCCACACAAGUUGCACAAAAACCGGUAGCGCUCGCGCGACCUUGUCUGUGUACACGCCAGCGAUCAGCUUUUCAACGAAAAAUGUGCACGACUCUGUUAAGCAGCAAACUGGACAGGAGCAGCGCCCUCAACUGCUCCAGCAGAUUGCUUCGGAUACCCGCGGGCUCAACGUUGAGCGGACGCUGCGAACGAACUGGUCAGGAGUGGGACCGCCGCGUUUUUGGAAGAAAGUUGAAGUUGCUGCGUUGAUUUCAUCAGAAAUCGGAAGACCUGCGGAGCACGUAUACUGCCUGAAGGUGGACGGCAAAACCUUAUGCUUGAGUCCACAACAGCCGUUAUUGGCUCCAACGCUCCCAUUGGCCCUUGCACUGCUCUAUGAAUGGGAUCGGCAGUCCGAGCGUUUACGUCCCGCAUUAAUGCCGCUGACACGGCUGCUGGCAAAGAGUCUGUCUGUGGAUGACUCUUGCCGAGCCCUGUACGUACGAGAGAUUUUGGAGCAUUUUGGCGCCGAUUCACUUUGUUUUCUGGAACACGCUCAUGCAAGUUUGCUCGCGAGACAGGAACGGCUAUGGCGUCCUUUACGUGAGAACGCUUCGCAGGUGCUCGGCGUUCCGAUUAAGGUCACCGCGGAGCUCGUGACUGCGGGUAUUCAAAGUGAUUUCGCUUUACAAAGGAUGCAAGAGUAUCUUGAUCAACUUGACCUAUGGUCCUUAGUCGCGCUUCAUUCUAUAGCAUGCUUGAGCAAGUCGGCAAUCAUCGGCCUUAACAUACAGCAGGGAAGGAUUAGCACAGAGGAGGCGGUUCUUGCAGGACGUUGCGUAGAGGAUUGGCAGGCAGAUCUGUAUGGUGUAGUCGAGGGCGAGCAUGAUGUGGAUCGAGCGUUUCUACGGGCAAACCUUGGCGCAGCGUCGGUCUUGUGUCGUCUAGCUCGAGCGUAUCCGGAGACCUUUGCGAAUGCAUCAUCGCGAGUCUGCCGUGAACAUGUCUAG